UGGUAUAUGGUCGAUCCGGAUGGUUGUGUGAGUGCGCAAGGCCCUCUGAGAGUGUGUUUUCCUGGAUUUUGGGGUUCAUUGGUGCAGAUAUUUAAAGCAGCCAAGCCAAGCAAGGUAUGUCUCUAAGGACAAUGCAGCCUGCAGCUUUGGAUGCUGCUGGUGGAGCAAAACAGCACCAUUUCUAUCCAUAUGCUGACAAUGGCGGAACAGUAGUAGCCAUCGCUGGAGAUGACUUUGUGGUGGUGGCAUCAGACACCCGUCUGAGCUCUGGGUACAGUAUUUACACCAGGGAGCAGAAGAAGACCUUCAAGCUCUCUGACAGCACCAUUCUGGGAAGUACUGGCUGCUGGUGUGAUGUGCUCACAAUGACUAAGGUUCUGGAGGCAAGAAUGCAGAUGUACAAGCAUGAGCACAACAAGCCAAUGUCCACUGGGGCUGUUGCUCAGAUGCUGUCCACCAUGCUCUACCACAAGAGGUUUUUCCCGUACUAUGUGUCCAAUGUGCUUGCUGGUCUUGAUGAAAAUGGAAAGGGCAUAGUGUAUCACUAUGACCCAGUUGGGCAUCACGACCCAGGCAAAUGUUACACUGGAGGAUCUGGAGGGGCCCUUAUCCAACCGCUUCUGGACAACCAGAUCAACUACAAGAACCAGGAGAACGUGACGCCCGAGGCCCUCACCAUACCGAAGACGGUGAGCAUCAUCAAAGACGUGUUCACGUCGGCCUGCGAGCGGGACAUCUACACCGGCGACUCCGUGGCCAUCCAGGUGAUCACCAAGGACGGCAUCAAGGAAGAAAUGUUCCCACUGCGCCGCGACUGAACGAAGCUGUCUCAUCCAGUGUUGGCUGUCCAAUUGGAAAAUACAUGGUUCUGGAAUGGUA